AUGGAGAAGGAGCCACAAGCCCCUUCCCCUAUAAAGGCGAUUCCACUUCGCCACAUACCACCUCAAAGCCACCUCUUGAGCGAACAAGAGAUGUCAAGCCCUCAAGCACCACCACCUUCAUGGGAUAGUCCUCCAAAACUAUCCUCUUUGAAGACCAAGAAGAAACUUCUUCCUUACCUUGAAGCAGCCGACCUGGAGACGUCUAGCCAAGCCGCAUCACACAAGAAGAACACCUUCUAG